UGUUUCGUGGUUUCAUUCUGUACCGGCUGAUAAUGACAGUUCGACUGUCAACGUACCAAGCGGCCUAAAAACGACAAUGAUAGCCUCUGAUAGCGAAGUCCACGUGCUUAUCUGAUGACACGCGAUAACGAGCAUGCAGGUGUCAUUAUCAUUUAUUACCGCAGCAGCCGACAGUGAAACUUUCGCGUCCGUAAAUUUCGUUCGAUCGAAUCGAUAUUUGAAGCAGACGUCAAACAUAAGGAGGUCAUCAUUGACCGGGGAAAUAUGUUACCUAAAAUUUUUACAGACAUAAAUUUGCUCAUCAUCCGUUCCCCAUGUUAUCCGCAAGAUGUUUAACUUGUCCGUGCCAUUUAAAAUUAACCUAUGAUCGCCGCAAUUUAUUGGCGAAGCACGCUCGAGAGCGUUUGGUUACCUCGAGUCUUUAUCACCUCCGAUAACGAGCUUUUCUAACCGGACGCGUGAUAUGACUUGAUUAUCAUUUACAAGUCACUUUCCAUAAAACAAACGGGGAAACGGUGGAAGUAAUUGGGAAAGCAUAUGGAAUACUAGAAAAUUGUUAUUUAUCUUGAAUAUUUCUGUAAUCUUUCUGUAAUAUAUGAAAUUGCGUGGAAUUAUAGAGCUGUUAUAGACUGAGUAAAAAAAAAAUGAUAGUACUGCCUGCCUACCAUUAAAUUUGUACUCAAUAGCAGACAUUGCUCUACAUUACAAUGGAUAUUGGCGUUGUCAAAAUCGCGGAAGAUAAAGAUUUUGAGAAAUUAAAGAAAUUGUACGAUGAUAAUAAUGACUGGAAAUUAGAUUAUAACAAACCUGAUUUAUCUGUUUGGACAAAAUGCGUUCGAGGAAUCAGUUUUAAGAUGGUGAAAAUUAGGACGCGUUUUCCCGAUGUUUCGCCAGAAACAUUAUAUGACGUUUUACAUGAUCCUGAAUAUAGAAAAGUUUGGGAUACUCAUAUGAUUGAAUCAAAAGAUAUAGGAUUUUUUAAUCCAAAUAAUGAUAUUGGCUAUUAUUCCAUGGCAUGCCCAUCUCCAUUAAAAAAUAGAGACUUUGUCUUGCAACGAUCUUGGCUAGAUACUGGUAUAGAACAAUUGAUAAUAAAUCAUUCUGUUUAUCAUAAAGAUUAUCCACCUAGAAAACACUUUGUACGAGCAACAUCUUACCUCACGGGCUAUAUUGUAAGGCCUUCACGCAAUGGAGAUGGUUCCGAGCUCGGAUAUGUAUCGCACACAGAUCCACAUGGUAAAUUGCCUGUGUGGUUGGUUAAUAAAAUUACGCAAAUAUUUGCUCCCAAAAUGGUAAAACGAUUACAUAAGGCGUCUCUGAAUUACCCAAGUUGGAAAUUACUUAAUAAUCCAAAUUGCAAGCCGUGGCAUUAUCCUGAACAAAUAAUGGCACCUAGAAUACGUAUUGAAGAAUGUAUAAAAUCUGCAGAAGAAAAGAAUUCAAAAUAUAAUUAUGUAGACGAAUCUGACUUAAGGGAAAGUUCGGUUAAGGAAUCUACAGCGGUGGAUAGCGAUUAAUUUAAUAAAGAGUCAUAAGGAUUUUUAGGUAAGUAACAGUAAAGACGGAAUAUAUAUAUGACAGAAAGCUCUCUUUCUCUCUAGAGCUACAGUAUUAUAUAACUGAAAUAUAACAAACAAUUUGUACAAUUAUCAAGUUCGAUUUGCGUAUUUCUUAUAUAAUAAAUUCUAAUUAUGAUGUUAUACAUUUUAAUGCAUAUAACGUUAAAAUUCAAAAUCAUGUUCAUUAUUAUACGCGAGGUCGCCUUGCGCGUAUAUGCGAACAUAACUAUAUGUAAACAUCGACAAAGAAAAAAAUAUUGAUGGCCUGCUUUGCAUUAGGUACUAAUUUCAAGUCAGAUUCGUAUUGUUGAUGUUGAUAAUGCGCGCAAAUUUAAUAAAGAUAUAUCGCACAAUAUGGAAGGUACACUUGAAACCCUUUUUAUAAUAACAAAGCGUCUCUGCGCAUACGCGCACGUAUCUCGAAACAUCCAUCUGGUCUGUCUUCCAUAUUGUGCAUUACACGUAUAAUAUAA